CCGCGUUGCGAGCCCACACCCUCUCUUCAGGAGAGGCUCCACCGGACCGGAGCUGUCACUGUCGCCGCGGCGCGACGCGUCGCGACGGCGCGACGCUCCCACGCGACCACCCCGGCGACUCACCCCCAGCACUCGUGCGUGCAGCACGACGACGGCCACCACCGUCGUGAGAUACGCGUAUCUCGCGGUGAGCCUCGCGCACAAAGAGAACGACUGCUGGUGCUCCGACUGACUGCUCAUCAGUCGGAAACGCACACCGCGACCCACCGUGAUUACUGAACCGGAGCUACGAGCACGUCCAAGCACGUCGCACGACCAGAAACCAGAAACCAGUGCCUUCUGAAUUCUGAGCUCGCUCCGAUUCAGAGGAAAGUCCCUAUUUACUCCCAACGCUUUCGCUCCAACUCCAGCCAGCCAAGCGAGAAGUCAAAAUGGCAGACGAUAAAAACGACGAUACGCCGGGGCAGGAUUCCGAAAGUAAAUCGAAUCCAGCGGAGGAGAGAUCGCGAUACUUCAAAAAGUUGGAAGAAUGGCUCCAGGAGGCAUACGCCUGGCAAAGUGUCGCAGCAAUGUUUCCCUAUUACAUGAUGUCAGGGCAAUCCGUUACGAAUCCAACAUUUGCUUCGGCAAUGCCGUUCCAACCGAAUCAAAUACCAACACCGAAUACACAAGGAAUAAUAACUGGAAACGUAGACAGACAGAAUGAGACAGUAAGGCAAAGAAGGCCUCAGGAACAACCCACGGGACCUUUUCAACCUCCUGGAACUGAUGGUUAUGAGUAUCGGAUUCCCCCGAUUUGGAAGAGGUUUGCAGCAGAAUUUAUAGAUUCAACAAUGCUAUUUCUCUUAAAGUUUUCCAUAACUUUCAUCGCAAUCGACGUCUUCGAUUUUAUAGACAUUGAAGACUUAGAUUUGUUGCAAACAAAUUUACGUAUUGAUUAUAAAAUGGCUCUGGAGAUGACUUAUGGAAUUCUGAUUUUGGAAGUCAUCCAUCGCGUGAUAGUUUGUAUCUUUGAGGCCUUCUGGCUUCAACACGGAGUGUACGGUCUGAUCGGAGGAGCUACUCCUGGCAAGUACAUGAUGGGUUUGCGGGUAGUUCAGUGCCGAAGUAUAACUCCUGUUGAACGUCCGAAUGAGCAGGAUGUGGUGCUGGUGAGCCCUGGAACUGAUCUGGGCCUGCCAUUAGCAUUGGGCCGCUCAAUGGUGAAGAAUUUCGUGCUGGCAUUCAUAUUUCCGAUUUGUUUUUCCCUAUUCUUCUUUAGGUUCAACAGAACUGGUUACGAUUUGAUCUGUCACUCCCUCGUCAUAGAAGAUCCUUACAGAAAUAACAAUCGGCCACACCAGGAGUAAUCUAAUGAUGCAUGGAAAAUCUCUGUGAUGUGUAUAUAAUGGUUGUAUGUGCUUCUUGUACCAAAUGCAUGCAGGUUCAUGUGUAUGGCGUGUAUAUACGUGUAAAAAAAAAUAAAAAUUAUUAUUG